UUUAUCGUCACAAUUAUUCUCUACUUCCCAAAUACUUCCAGCAUAUUUGAGUACCAAAGAAAACAUGGCUGAGGCUAUCGUUACUGAUGUUGCUAAGGGAAUACUAGGAAAUCUGAUUCGACUUGUUACUGACCAGAUUGGCCUUGCUUGGGGCUUCAAGGAUGAGCUGACACGGCUUCGUGAGAAUGUAGAGAUGGUUCAAGCUGUGCUGUCUGAUGCAGAGAAAAGGCAAGUGGGAGAAGAGAGCGUGAGGCUUUGGCUGCAGAGGCUUAAAGAUGUUGCUUAUGAUGCUGAUGACGUGCUAGAUGAGCUUGCUUACGAGCUUCUUCGGCGAAAGGUAGAGAUCCAAAACCAAAUGAAGAGAAAGGUAUGCUUCUUCUUUUCAUUUUCAAAUCCCAUUGCAUUUCGUUUCAAGAUGGCCAACAAAGUUAAGACUAUUGCUGAAUCGCUAAAGAGAAUUAAUGAUGAAGCAAAUCAAUUUGGACUUACUAGAGUCAAAUCAUUAAAUGUCAAUGCUGAGAUUAUCCCAAGCCAUCGAGAGACAGAUCGCUUUAUUGAUAAUUCAGAAGUUGUAGGAAGGGAAGAUUGUGUUUCAGAAAUAGUGCAAUUAUUGACUAGUGAAACCACUGAAAAACUCUCAGUCAUUCCCAUAGUAGGAAUGGCAGGUGUGGGAAAAACAACUUUAGCAAAACUGCUUUACAAUCAUGAGCUAGUCAAGAGUUAUUUCAAUAAAAAAAUAUGGGUAUGUGUUUCCAAUGAUUUUGAUGAUAAAAGGAUUCUAAGAGUGAUUCUUGAUCCCCUUAUCGGUAACUCAAGUACAUUAAAAACAAAAAAUGAAAUACUUGAAAAACUUAAAGAAAAGUUAGAGGGAGGAAGAUAUCUUCUAGUCCUUGAUGAUGUUUGGAAUGAAGAGUUAAUUAAAUGGGAUACUUUAAGAAGUUGUUUGUUGGGAAUUAGUUCAAAUAUUGGAAACCACAUUAUUGUAACAACCCGUAGUGACAAGGUGGCAGCAAUCAUGGAGACAAUUCCCCAAGGUCACUUGAAAAAACUUUCAAAUGAUGAAUGUUGGUCCAUAAUCAAGAAAAUAGUAUCUCCUAAUGAAAGAGAUCAACUAACUCCAGAUUUGGAGGCUAUUGGAAGGGAUAUUGCCAAAAAAUGUGGAGGGAUUCCAUUAGCUGCAAAAGUCUUAGGAGGGAUAAUGUGUUGUAAAAAAGAGAAAAGUGAAUGGUUAGCCAUUCAAGAUAAUGAAAUUUGGAAUUCCGAACAUGGUAGCUAUGAAAUACUAGAAAUAUUAAAAUUGAGCUUCAAUCGUCUUCCAUCACCAUCUCUUAAACGAUGCUUUGCAUAUUGUUCACUUUUUCCUAAAGAUUAUAAGAUUCAAAAGGAAGAAUUAAUUCAUCUUUGGAUGGCCGAAGGGUUCCUUCAACCAUCUCAAAGUAGUUCGGUGAUGGAGGAUAUUGGUAACAAGCAUUUUGAUAUCUUGUUAACAAAUUCCUUAUUCCAGGAUGUGGAAAAGGAUGAUUAUGAUAAUGUUAAGAGUUGUAAGAUGCAUGAUUUGGUACAUGAUCUUGCCCUCUCAAUUUCAAAAUUUGAAAUUUUGAUUUUGGAGGAGGAUUCACAGGAUAAUAUCAAUCAUGUACAGGAUAACAUCAAUCAUGUACGGCGUUUAUUAAUCCAAUAUGAUGGGGAAAUAGUACCUAAAAUUCCACUUUCAAAUGACCAUGUUCGGAGAAUGCGCACACUUGUUUCAGAAAAUGCUAUGUCUGGAAAAAUAUUAUCAUAUUUUAAAUGCUUGCGUGUUCUAAAAUUAUCUGGGAAUCAGAUAACAAAGUUAUCAGACUCAAUUAGUUGCUUGGUACACUUGAGGCUUCUCCACAUCUCAAAGACUAAAAUCGAAGCAUUACCAAACUCCAUCACCAAGCUCUACAAUUUGCAAACUUUAAGACUUGAGUGGUGCAUAUUUCUUAAAGAGCUUCCAAAAGAUCUAAAAAAAUUGGAUAACUUGAGGCAUAUUUAUAUUGAUUAUUAUGGUAAGAUCAACCGAACACCAAAAGAUAUGGGGAAUUUGAAUUAUCUACGAGCAUUGUCAUUUUUCAUUGUGGGUCAAGACGUAGGUGAGCAUAUCAAGGAAUUGGGAUGCUUGAAUCAACUUAGUGGAGAAUUAGACAUCAAGAAUCUAGAAAAUGUGAGAGAUCAAGAAGAAGCUAGAAGCGCAAAUUUAGCAAUAAGGGCGAAAAUAAAUAGGUUAAGAUUUUACUGGAGUGAUAGUUCAGAUAGAGAAGUCAAUCACCAUAAUGAAGAAGAAGUGUUGGAAGGCCUCCAUCCUCAUCAAAAUUUGAAAUCCUUAACAAUUGGUGGCUUUGGUGGAAAGAAAUUCCCAUCAUGGAUGCCACAUUUUAACAAUUUGAUCCAGAUAGAUUUAAAUUGUUGUGAUUGUGAUCAAGUUCCCACCCUCGGGCAUCUACCCUGCCUUAAGGCUCUAGUAAUGGAGAGAAUGAAUAAUGUGACAUGUAUUGGAGUUGAGUUUUACGGCAUGUGCGGUAAUGUAUUGUUCCCAGCAUUAACAACAAUCAGAAUUGGUUAUAUGCAGAAACUAGUGGAGUGGAAGGAUGCACUGGAGGUGACAUCAGCAUGUGUAGUGUUUCCUUGCCUUGAGGAGUUGACCAUUGUAAAUUGUUCACAACUAAGGAGUGCCCCACGUCAUUUUCCGCUUUUACUGAAAUUAGAGAUUUCCAGAGCCUACAACACAGCUUUGGAAAGGAUUAGCAGCAAUCUUACCACACUCAAGUCUGCUCAGAUUUCUACUGUGUCAGGACUUAAUUUUGUGCCAGAGCAACUUUUCUAUACCUCUCUCCAAUCACUCACAAUAGAAUUUUGUGGGGAACUGAGUUAUAUAUCGGACACCUCCCAACCCCUCAUUUCCCUCGAGGAGUUGACAAUACAGGAUUGUCCUAAGCUGAAGUGUUUUCCAUAUAUACAAGGUCUACACUGCUUGAAUAUAUACGGGUGUGGUUUUGAAGUUCUAACUACCCAGCUACAAUUAUGUACGUCUCUCUCACAAUUGGUUAUAAUCGAUUGUCCUAAUCUGAAAUCACUUCCAGAUCUACAAGAAUUCCAUUCUCUUUCACAAUUAGAGAUCUACACGUGUCAUAAUCUCAAAUCAAUUCCAGAUCUAGGAGAGUUGUGCUUUCUUACACGUUUAGCAAUUAAAAAUUGCAGCAACAUCACGUGUCUGCCAGGGGGGUCAUUAAAAUGGUUGAAGACUUUAAGGAUUGGUGGGUAUUGUGAGGAGCUGGAUGUUUUCCCCAGUCUCAAUUUCAUCCAACACUCUCAUACGAUGCUCGAAUUUCUACACUUGAAAGGGUGGGCUAAACUCAACUCUCUCCCGGGCGAAAUUCAACAUUUCACUGCCCUUGAAACUUUGAUUAUCGAUAGUUUUGAUGGAAUAGAAAGUUUACCUGAGUGGUUGGGCAACCUUGCUUCCCUUAAAACACUCAAAAUUUGGGACUGCAAUAACCUGAUGUAUCUGCCCACAACACGCCUCAUCAAAUUAGAAAAAAUAGAUAUUUGGGAUUGCUCCAAGUUAAAGGAAAGAUGUGCAAAGGGAAGCGGGGCUGAGUGGUUGAAGAUUGCCCACAUUGCAAAGAUAAGAAUAAAUCGUACAGAGAUAAGCCGCUGAAUUUUCAUCAUCCCCAAUCACAGAAAAAUGGCCUAACAUUGGCCGUAUUCCGAUUAUACAGAAAUAAUUAGGUUAUUCCGUGGUUUUAAUCCAUUGGGGAAAGAACUGAAAUGCGGUAAUGUGCAAAACAAGUUCAGGUCCAAUGGAAGUGUCACUUUGUACUAUCAUCAUGCUUCUAAUCUAUCAUUGUUCCAUAGUAGCUCAAAGUUACAGUGGUCGCUGUUAACUGAUUGGUUGUAGGUUCGAAUCCUACAUGGGGAGAUUUGAUUCAUUCGCUUUAAUCGUUAUUGAUAGUUGAAGGUAUCAUAUUUUGAUGAUCUUAAAGCUUUGCUGGAUUGGUGGGACAACUUUUCCUUUCCCGAAGAGCUAAUUUAAAUUAUGGAAGAAGCGCAAUCCAUGGCUAUCAAUCUAUUUCAUUCCCUUCAAACUUCAAACAGCUGACAAAGGAUUUGAGCAAAGCGUUGUGAAAUGACAUGUUUAAUGUCCCCAAGAAAGAGGAACAACUUGAGAUUCAAGUCAAAAGAGAGCAUCUUUUCAUUUUAUGUCUGAUAUCAAGUUCAAAUUUUUGGUAAGCCAUCUUCAUUUUAACCUGUGUGAAAUUUCUGGUUGCUGGCCAAUUGGACUAUUAUUGCGUCUAUAUCUGCUAAUGUUUACAAGUUUACUCUACAUGAUAGCACUACUACCUUUGUCAACCAACAAAAUAUCAAGUGAGUCCAAGUUUUCCAGCUUUUACAGCAUGGUUUCUUCCAUCUCCUAUGUACUUAGCAAUGGAUCUUUUCUAAUAUACUGAAUUCCAGUAUGUCAUCCACCCAUUGAAUCUUAUUUUUUUCCUGGGUUAUGGUUGGCUAAACUAGGGUCCUCUUUUUUCAUCAACAUCUGAACUUUACUGCACUUAGUAUAUAUCUGCCCAAAUAAUUUCUAAAUAAUUUCUUCUUCAUAUCUUUCUAGCUUCAAUUAAUGUCAGUUUUGUUCUUCUCUUCUUGUAAGCUUUUCCUUAACAAAAGGGCCAAUUGGUUUGGAUGCUCCAAUUCAUGAACGUGUUGGAAGAACAAUUUUUAAUAGUAACCAGAUAAGUGAAUGGCUGCUCUCCUAAAAGAUUUUGAUGACUUCCCUAACCAAUUAGAAGAGGGCAAGAUCCAUGACAUACUCCAACAGUGUGGCAGGAUGGCAUAUUCUUGUUUCAAUUGGGCUGGUACAAGUACAAUGAACUUUCCACUUGAGAAGCUACACAUAUUCACGAGUAUGGUGGCUUCUUAAAAGCUUUUUGAAUUUCUGCAUUUUGAUUCCUAACAGUUCAUCCUCGUAUCAAAUCUUAUUCUGUUAUUGUGGCCUCACCUAGAGCCCUUUGUUCUAGUGACUUCAACAAUUCAAUGCUUGCUAAGCCUUCUGUUCUUGUCAAUCUUGUUGUCUUAUCUAAGAGGCCAACCCGUUCAGGUGCUCCAAUUCAUACAAGAGUUUGAAGGAAUACUAGCCUACAGUGACUGGAUAAGUCUUCUCUUCUCAUCGGUCUUGCUGUCUUAACUAAGAGGAUAUGCUGCUUGGGCGAUCUAGUUCAUUCAAAAGUUCUAAAAGAACUAGCCUACACUGCGUGGGUACCGAAGUUGUCUGAUUUGCUACAAUCUCAAUUAUAUUUAAACUUCACUUGUUGAAAACUGAUGUCACUUGCUGAUACUCACUCCGUAGUGCCUUUCUGCUCUUCAAUUCGUUGGGUUGAUAUCUUGGAAAACAUCAAAAGCUAAUGGCAAUUGCAUCUGAAUGUGAAGUGUGGUGGUCAGUAGUGAAAUCAUUGCUGCAUGUAUAUAAGACUCCAAUCUGGAAAAUAGGUGACCUCAUCUGCUGUAGCAAUAGAAUGAGUUCUCGAAGACCUAACUUAGAUACUAAAGCCUCGUAUAUGUAGUAGGCACUCAACCCAACAUUUCUCAAGCUGUCAGUGUCAACGUGGAACCUAGUCCUUAUAUGCAGGAUUAGGAUAAAGGUCAUCGACAAGUUGUUAAAUGGAUCUUGAGAUGUAUUUUGGGAAUGCUGAUUUGGGUUUGAAGUUUGAGAGAUAUGAAUCUGUGGGAAGACACUUAGCUAGAUGUGUUGAUUCAGACUAUGUUGGAGAUCUAGAUAAUCUUUGAGAGAUCUAGAUAAUCUUUGUUCUACUACGAAGCUAGAGGUUGACCUCCGGUGAGUCAGAGGUUGAUACUGCAGUCAAAUAUUGCAUUGUCAACCAGUGAAGUUGAAUACAUGGCUAUGAUUGAAAGCUAUCAAGGAGGUUAUUUGGCCACACAAUUUGAUUGAAGACUUUGGGAAUCAUCAGGAGCAUGAUCUUGAAAUUCAACAUAACUAUGAGUUCUAUUUGACUUUGACAAAUUUUAUAUAUAUGUUACUUUAGGUAAAGAGAGGGCUGCAGUGCUGUGCAAAAAUUAGAGUAGAAAAACUUCUCUUUAGGUGAAGCUUUAAACUUUGUAUUUCUCAGAAUUUUUUGGGGUGUAUUUGGGGUUUGGGUUUUGUUAAAGUGACUUUGUGCCUUUUUUGUAAUCUCCAUAAUUGAUUAGUGAAAUUUUCUCCACACCAUCAUCCAUGGAUGUAGGCUAUUGCUAAUCCACCUAAA